UUAGAUAUGGGACAAGUUUUAAUCAAACAAAAGAUGGUGUCUUUUGUUGGAGGGACUUUCUCAAGUUGGUUUGUGACCUUCUUUAUCAAGUCCUUCCUUAUUGGCCUUCUUCUCCCUCUGAUUUUAGGGAAAUGGCAGUCACAUACUCAAAAGAGACCAAAAUCUUAUUUAUAAAGUUAGUGAAAGCCAUCCUAGAAAGCCUUGGAACUAAUGUUGCAACAAAAAACAAGACACAACAAAAUGAUGAAGAAAUGUUAAAAGAAUUUGAAGAUGGAAGCCAGCUAAUGGCUGUUAAUUUUUAUCCACCUUGUCCUAAUCCUGAUUUGACACUUGGAAUGCCACCUCAUUCUGAUUAUGGAUUUCUAACUCUUCUACUCCAAGAUGAAGUUGAAGGUUUACAAGUGAAGUGCAAUGAUGAUUGGGUCACUAUUCAACCUAUCCCUAAUGCUUUUGUGGUCAAUGUUGGUGACCACCUCGAGAUAUUUAGCAAUGGGAAGUACAAAAGUGUGUUACAUAGAGUUCUUGUGAACUCUUUAAAGUCAAGAAUUUCAGUGGCUUCUUUGCAUAGUCUUCCAUUCAAUAGCAUAAUAAAGCCAUCACCUAAAUUAAUUAGUGAAACAAAUCCAAGUCUUUACAAAGACACUAAUUUUGCUGCAUUUCUUGAGUACUUAAAAUCCUGUGAUUCCACCAACAAAAGUUUCCUUGAGACAAGAAAGUUAACAUGAAAAAAAAUAAAAUCAAACACUACUAGACAAGUUCGAUUUUAUCCGAAUUUUUAUAGAAAAAGAAGAAGUGAUUCACCAGUCACUACAUUCAUACUAAAUUCCAUCAAAUCAUUAAACAUUAUGGUUGCUCGCUCUUGGAUGAUCAAUGAUUAACCGACCAUCAGAUCGAUGAAGAGUCUCUCUAAAAUCUGCUCUUUGAUUAGAAUUUUUUUUUCGUUGCAAUUCCAACAGUUGACCUUUCAACGGAAGAUUACGACAAGACAAACUAUUUAUCAUAAGGAUAGGUGUUAAAUGAAAGCGCACUGAAAGAACUAGAAGAAUUUGGACAAGUUUUGUGUAUUUUGACUUUUUCAUUAUUAGUACUAUUUUUUUUGAUCGGUUAGAUCAAUUAUUAUUAGAAAUUAUUGGUUUGGUAUAUAGUCACAUCAAGUUAAUGACAUAUUUGUACUGAGAAUAUUAUAAACGUAUAUACAAUAGCUCUAGCUUCUUCCAAAUUAUAUUUUAUUUACAAGGAAUCUUCCCUCUUCAUUAAUUUCCUUUGUAA